AGCCAAUGAAUGCCUGCUCGCUAACUGGCUCUGCCUCCCUCUGCAAACCUUGGAUUUAAACCUACUCAGAAUUCAGCACGGAAAGAAAGCAGCAAACGCCGAGCGGCUCCAGACGACUGCAGCUUGCCCAAGAUGUAUCAUCCAGCCUGCUGGAUCGUCUUCACGGCCACCGCUGCCCUGAUCUUCUUCCCAGGAGUGCCCGUCCGCAGCGGAGAUGCCACCUUCCCCAAGGCGAUGGAUAACGUGACCGUCAGGCAAGGGGAGAGCGCCAUCCUCAGAUGUACCGUGGACAACCGGGUCACGCGAGUAGCUUGGCUGAACCGUAGCACUAUCCUUUAUGCUGGGAAUGAUAAGUGGUCGAUAGACGAACGAGUGGUCAUCUUCUCCAACACCAAAACCGAGUACAGCAUCAAGAUCCUUAACGUGGACAUAUAUGAUGAAGGCCCUUACACCUGCUCCGUACAAACCGACAAUCAUCCAAAGACAUCGCGAGUCCAUCUCAUCGUGCAAGUCCCUCCCCAGAUUAUAAACAUCUCCCGAGACAUCACCGUCAACGAAGGCAGCAGCGUAACCCUCCUGUGUUUGGCUUUUGGAAGACCAGAACCAACAGUGACAUGGAGGCAUCUGUCUAGCAAAGGCCGGGAGUUUCUAAGUGAAGACGAAUACUUGGAGAUCACGGGGAUCACCAGGUAUCAAUCUGGGGAGUAUGAAUGCAGCGCUGCUAACGAGGUGGCGGUACCGGAUAUCCGGAGGGUAAAGGUUACCGUAAACUACCCUCCGUCCAUCUCCAAUGCCAAGAACACAGGAGCAUCGGUUGGCCAGAAGGGGAUCCUGCGCUGCGAAGCCUCGGCUGUCCCUGUAGCAGAAUUUCAGUGGUUCAAAGAAGAAACCAGAUUAGCCAACGGACUGGAUGGGGUGAGAAUCGAGAACAAAGGUCGGAUGUCCACGCUAACCUUCUUCAAUGUCUCAGAGAAGGAUUACGGCAACUACACCUGUGUGGCCAUCAAUAAGCUGGGGAAUACCAAUGCCAGUAUAAUACUGUAUGGCCCUGGAGCAGUACAUGACGGGAACAACUCCGCGUCCAGGGGGAUGGCUUGCCUUUGGCUAUCAGGCACCCUGUUGGCUCAUUUCCUCCUUAAGUUUUGAUAAGAAAAGUGAGGGUCCUUGCAUUCGAUGCCUGGCUUCUCCCGCACCACAGACUUUUAACCAUCCACACUGCUGGGGGAGGGAGGGGGUCAAAACAAAAAAAGGUAAAGGAAAAACCCCACACAGUCUACAGCUUGAAUAUACUGCCGGGAGGGGCACGGGGAGGGGGAGGGCAAUUGGGUUCCAAGUCAACCGCCCAUUAAGGAUUGGUCGAUUACGGGCAUUUCACAAAGCAGAGUUGUUUUCAUUUCCUUCCCCGGCCCCACCCUUCAAACCCUAUUUAUGAGUAACCAGCCUCUCAUUCUACAGUCAAGCGCUUCUCGGCUGAGCCUGUGAAAUGCCCCAGGAGAUGCGCCUUGGUCUGAGAGACGAUGCACAGUGGAAAGUUAAAACGAGUAAACGAAACAAAAAGAAAAGUGUCCUAUUAUUAUCUCUGUGUCUCUUGAGCAAAAGGAUUGUUCUUUCUACUUGUUACACUGUACAUACCUGUUCAUGUUUCUAACUGUCCGAUUACACUCUGGUUUCAUUUCGCUUCA